GCAAACAAAAAAACCAAACAGGCGUCCAAGCAAGCGGCACUUUAAUUCUAAACGAGUUUUUUCAUGUUGAAGUGGAACAACAAAAGUUUUAUGAUAAAGACUUUAAUUUGUGCAGUGAUAUAUACCGGGAAAUAAUUGAUUUUUAAGUGAAGUGCUCUCGUUUUGCGAUGCUGAUAAAAGUUACCCUCGAAUAGUGUGUAUUAUGCCUAGAAUUCGCUCGAACGCAUCACAGGCCGCAACUGUCAAACGUUCGGAAUCUGCAGCGGCAGGGUGUGCGGGUGAAGGUGGUGGCGCAGCGCCUACUCCGUUGGGAAAGCGUUCCUCCAGCGCUCUCCCGUCUGUCAACAAAAACAAUUCGUCCGAGGAUGACAUCGACAAGGAACAGCAGCAACUGGUAAAGAAAUUCCGCUCGGAAUUGCAUAUCAACGAGAAAGUUCGCUCCUCCCGACGUUUGAAGAACAUUACCAACAUCGUAGAUCAUCAAACGGCAGUCGAAGUGGCCGGAAAGAAGCGGAAGAUUGCGGAGGAGCAGCAGCAAAAUGGCAAGGAAUCGGACGAGCCUACGAAGAGAGCAAAAUCGAACGACGUGGAUGAGAUAGCGGAAGUGCAGAAUAAGCUGCGGGACGUUCUGGGAAGGCAUUAUUUUGAUGUUGCGAAUCGGGUUGGAUUGGAACAUGUUCCGGGCUGCUUGAGGAAUGUCGGGAGGUGCGCCAAGCUGCACGCCAAGCGGACCAAUCAGGCUAGAAAGGUAAACCAACGCAUCCAGCAGGACACCCGAGAGAUGCUGAUCGAGAAUCGUCCGUUGAACUUUUUGGGAUACAUCGAACAGGCACUGCUCCGGAACGAAUUCAUCGAUGGGCCACUGUUCGUGAAGGCUUUGGAAAUGAUACUGACCAUCAAUGAGCCGUCGGAUCAGCUGAAUGCUAACUACAGUGUCGGGUCGGUGCUUCAGCAAACGGUGGACAUUCUCGAUCAAACGGUGGACCACUUUCCGCCAUGUUGGUUGGAUCUGAAGCGCGCCUAUCAGAGUGUCAUUUUUGGAGUUUUGGAAGAGGAGUGCUUCGAAAAGUACGAUCGGAGUGAAGGGCUGUUCAAAGUGGUACUGUUUUUGCUGGAAAAAUUCGUGGAAAGUAAAGCGGGAGAUUGUGGCGCGAGCUUGAGCAGGACGUUGAGUAACCAGGAGCGAUCGAUGGCCAAUUUUCACCUGUGGGAACAGGCAUACAUUCAAAAGUACGAUUUCGACAUGCUUUCUCGAGACGAUAAGCUGGAUCGACUGUUUCUGGUACUUCAAAUACUGGUCAAAAUCUUAGAGUACGACUUAACAAUGUGGAUUCUUAGGCACCCUCACAAUGUUAAAGAGAAUAUGAUCAAUCCUAACAGGAUGCCUCUAAUUGCGGCGCUCUUGUGGAAUGAGAAUUCAACAGUUGGUGAAACGAACUCAUUGAUUAAGCGUAUAAUUGCUCUCUACGUCAACGCAACUGCAGUUCAUUACCCCAAGGAUGCCAUCGAGACGCUUUCGCGAUUGGUAUCCAUCAUCGGAACUGCCAUCAACCUAACCGAGAUCCAGUACGACGGAUCUGUCGAAUAUCCGUGCAUCAAACAGAACACCCGCUACUUUGCGCAGCAAAUUAUGCGCCAUCUGGAGACUUCCGGUUACCACAGUGUGUCGCUUUGUUUGCGUACCAUAGAACAAAUGCGUUCACCACUGUUGCGUAUGCUGCUGGCUGGGGAUCUGCUCCAGAAGUUAACUCCGCUACCGAUGGACACACCUUGCGCUGCUUCCUAUCUGAAGCAUCUGAUCAAGGGCAAGUGGAAAGCAUUCCGGAUAGAUAAUCCGCCCGAGAGGGAUGCUCAAACCGAACGCGAUAGGUUUCCUUUCCUCGACCAGCGAAAGCAGAGGAAAUCAUCUCACGAAAUUGGUCAACCUCAGUAUGUGAACCUUCUGUUGACGGCCUUCAAAUCCUACAUGCAGGUGUUCCCUCUGAAAACAUACUUUCAAGGCGGCUGUAGGCCUCCCGGAGAGUCAGAUUUCCAUGCGUCUACUCCAUCGCCCACGAACCAAUCCGUAACCAAUCACGUCAACCUAACAGCGCUGGAAAAAGAUCUUCCUCGUCAGAUGAAACAACUCCGAACCAGCGGCACCCAGUUUAUCCGUUGCAAAAGUAGCGGCGAUUCCCCGCCAUUAAUCUUAGAGGAAAUCAACGUGACUCCGUCUCUGCUGUUGCAUUAUCGCGACGAGGUGAAGCAUCUACUUUUGAUGCAACGAUGGCUGCAGACGAAAGCUGGAACCAGUCCGGAGGAACGGGAGUUAUUUGCACCGUGGAGAAGUUACCUGGCGACGAUCGACGGAUCGUUGGUUUGUGAGUAAAACAAAUUGUAGGCUAUUUUUCAUUCCAUCCCAAGUGAUACAUUUUGAUUAGGCAGUUUGUUUUUGACGGGUUGAAUACAAAGGGCUAUUUAUUCGAUUUUA